AUGGGGUUCUUUACCAAGCUGAGGAACAAAUUUAGGAGCAAUAAUAGUAGCAAGAACGGUAGUUCUACCAAUAAUCUUGCACAAAAGCCUACUUUCUCCACAGAGACCGCAGUUAGUAAUGAAAAUCAAAAAAGACAGAAAAAAAAAGAAAAACAUUCUAAACCUAUAAAGACCAAUCCAAAUACGCUAUUAAAAAACAACAAUUUAUCAGAUAAUGCCAUCUCAGCUCCUCCUUCCUCUUCACCUUCCCCAAUUAUGUUGUCAAAUGAAAUGGAUCAUGAAAGAACUGAUUGUUCCACUAGUGUAACACCUCCUUUGAAAACAGCCUCUCAAAAACCACAAACAUAUCCCAAAUUAACUAUCAAUACAUCACCAACAAUAGAAAACCAUGCUGAUACAUCAUCCCCGUUCAAAGCUCACAGUAAAAGAUUAUCCAUGUCCAGUUUCAGAUCAUUUUCAUCGCCACUAAAACACCCAAAUAACAAUAAUCGUAAUCUCAUUAACAACAGCGGCAAUACUAGUCCUAUUACAAACUUGACACGUCCUUCCUCUCCGUCAAGUACUUUAAAAAAAUAUAAGCCAAAUUUGAUCCUAAACAAUGAUCUGAAUUUGAAUGAUUUAAAUAAUUUCAAACCCUUGUUUUUCAUUGGUGACAGUUUAAAUCAAAAAGAUUACUUAGAUCUCGUUAUUAAAAGUUAUUUGUGUUCAGAGUCUGUACCUCCUAAUUUUUUUUCAGAUUUAGCACAGUAUGGUAUUGCAUUCAGUAACGAUAACGGUGAAAUGAUAACGUACCCUAUUAGUAAAAUUGCUUUUAUUAAUGGAACUUUCUCUAUAUUUUAUUAUGAAGUGGGCGGAAAUGACGGUAUGCUGUCGUGUAAUAUAAACUCCAAUGAUGACAAAGGCUAUUCUUUUGAAUGUGAAAAUGAUAAGUGUAUCAUUGUUUCAAAUGAUCGCAGUUUGACGGUUACUCUAAUUUCCAAUAAUAAAAAUUUUACCAACCUUUUAAAAUUGGCUGUUGAGUUGUACUAUUUUGAAUAUGUUUCUUUGAGUAAAAGUAUCACAGCACAAUUGAUAUCCAGCGUAGGCUUGAAAAUACCGGGCAUUCAAAUGAUAUUUCAAUCCCAUUUCAACUUUAAAGAUUGGUGUUAUGUAAACAUUAAUAAUAAUAAUAAGUGGCUGAAGCUAUGGAUGCAUGUCGAUGUUGAUUCAAAAAAGAAAAAUACUAGUAUCAAAUUUUUUAAAGAUGAUAAAUCCUCUAGCUCCAAGAAUGUCGUUUUUUGUAUUCCACGCAUUGAAGAUGCUGGUAACCAUCGGGAGUUGUUCAUCGCUAGGUUUAAUAAAAGUACCGGAAGCGUCUUUGGCAGCCUCCCAAAUAGUUUUGAUUCUAUGGAAGAAUUAGAAUAUUUAAAUGGUGUGGACUGUUUGGCAUAUUUAGGUAAUAUUCACAAACUGGACGACAACCUUGUAAAUAAUUUACCAGGGUUAAGUGUCGAAGAAAUCGAAACAAUGACUAAUGAAAAUAACCGUAUUUCUUCUGAACCAUUAAUUGGCGGAUACAGAAGAAGUAUGAGUUAUAAUAAUUUGAAAAAGAAAAACUCUAGUUCGUCUUUGAGAAUGUUAAAGAAAAAGCCGUCAAGCGCAUCCAUAUCAACAAACAUGUCAAAUUAUACUUUUGCUAAUAAUAAUAACAAUACUACAAACAUAUUGAUCAAGCCCCUUCCGCAUAACGGUGUUUCUGUGACAGAAACCUUAAUUAGGUUCAUAUUACCUAUGUUUAAUUGUUUAAAAUUAUACGGCAGACCAACACAGUUUAAAAAAUCUAGAGUUGAUGUAGAUUCAUUAAAUUUUGGGUUACCCAAAUUACCCAUUGUAGAUUAUUUUUCAUUGGAAGAACUUAAUAUUCUAGCAUCUAAUUGUGUAAACAACGAAAAUAAUGAUUCUAAUAUUAUUUUAUCUGAUUCAAUGGGACAUUACAUUAACUUUUUAUCGGCAGAAAUGAGUAAGCGUGGUGCCAAUAACAGAUAUUCUACAAUUGGUGAUAUAUUGGAAUUACCACCAUCAAUAUUGGGGAGUGGAACACCGAGAAUGCACAGCGAUACUAAUAGUAAUAGUAAUAGUUUAAGUAGUAGUGGGAAUAAUAAUCACAUUUCAAUGAUAGCGGAAGAAGAAGGUAUACAACCCCCAAAUCCGUAUGCUGUCAGUGAUAAUAAAAAUGGCAAUAAUUUUAAUUUUAGUGGUAAUAGAAAUAGUAAUAGCUCUAGUGUAUAUUAUAAUGAUAGCAUUAACGGCGGUGGUGGCAACUACAACAAUAAUAAUGAUAAUACUAUUAACAAUAAUAACAACACUAAUUAUGAAUAUAGUGUUUCAGGUCAUGAUAAUAGGGUAUUCUGA